GGCUCUGCCUCCCGCUCCCGCUUCCCGAGUCCCGACGACGCCUCGCCUCGCAAGGGGAUAACACCAAAACCCUCCCCCCUCCAAACCCUAGUCCCCCAUUGAUGACCUCCGCCGCCACCGCCGUAGAUGCACAGGCUCUCCUUCCUCCAGGCCACCAUCAUUGACGCGCCGCUGCUCCUCUCCUCCGCCUCCAUGGCCACCGUGCCGGCGCUGCGGCUCGGCUCCCCCGCCGCGCUCCUCGCCGCGCGCCGCCCGCCGCGGUGGCUGCGGUGCGGCGGCGGCGGUGUCGGGGGAGGGGGAGGGGGAGUGGGAGUGGCGCGGAGGGGGAUGGCGUGCUCCGUGGAGGCCUUGGCGAGGCGCGGUGGGGGCGGCGAGUCGGAGUCGGAGAAUGAGGAGGAGGAGGAGAAGCGGAGGGGCAGGGCGGGGGAGAGGAGGCUCAGAGGCGGCGGGAGCGCCGCGGCGGCGGCGGCGGCGGCGGGGAGCGGGGAGCUCCUCUCCAUCCCCGGCGUGGGGCCUCGCAACCAGAGGAAGCUCGUGGACAACGGAUUCGAGGGCGUCGCGCAGCUUAAGCAGCUCUAUCGGGAUAAGUUCUUUGGAAAAUAUAGCGAGAAGAUGGUUGAGUUUUUACAGAGCUCGGUUGGCAUCAUUCAUAAGAACCAUGCUGAGAGUAUAACUUCUUUCAUUAAGGAGAGUGUUGAUGAGGAGCUGAAGGAUGCAGACUCAUCUAAGGCUUCUCAGAAGAAGAGGCUCACCUUUUGCGUGGAAGGGAAUAUUAGUGUUGGGAAGUCUACCUUUCUCCAAAGAAUAGCUAAUGAGACCAUCGAACUGCGUGAUCUUGUAGAAAUAGUGCCUGAACCUGUUGCUAAGUGGCAGGAUAUUGGCCCUGACCACUUCAAUAUAUUGGAUGCUUUCUAUGCUGAGCCACAUAGGUAUGCCUAUACCUUUCAAAAUUAUGUGUUUGUGACAAGGGUCAUGCAAGAAAGGGAAUCUUCAGGUGGAAUAAAACCUCUCAGACUGAUGGAAAGAAGUGUUUUCAGUGAUAGGAUGGUAUUUGUUCGUGCUGUUCAUGAAGCUAACUGGAUGAAUGAGAUGGAGAUCAGCAUUUACGACUCAUGGUUUGAUCCUGUUGUGUCAUCGCUUCCAGGUCUUAUCCCUGAUGGAUUUAUCUAUCUAAGAGCUAGCCCAGAUACUUGCCACAAAAGAAUGAUGCUCCGGAAAAGAGCAGAGGAAGGUGGUGUUACUCUUGACUACUUGCAAGGUUUGCAUGAGAAACACGAGAGCUGGUUGCUUCCUUCAAAAGGAGGAGGUACUGGUGUGUUAUCUGUCAGUCAGCUGCCCACACAUUUGGAAGGUUCCUUGCCUCCAGCAAUUCGAGAUCGUGUCUUUUACUUGGAAGGAGAUCACAUGCACUCAAGCAUCCAGAAGGUCCCUGCUCUGGUCUUGGAUUGUGAACCUGACAUUGAUUUCAACAAAGAUAUAGAAGCUAAACGGCAAUAUGCUCAGCAAGUUGCAGAAUUCUUUCAAUUUGUGAAGAAAAAGAAGGAAGCUCCAUCUGAACAAACAAGCACUGACAAGAACCGUAUCAAUCCACAGAUCAUGCUUCCUCACAAAGGCGGAUUGUGGGUUCCUGAUGGAAGAAACCCUUUCUCAGGAUCUGCUAUGAAUCUGAACUUCAGAAGAGCCAUGUCUUCCUAUCUCUCGACAUAGGAUUUCAGCUCCAGAAUGAACGUAGGAUCUUACAAAUCCCACUCUCACUGACCUUGUAAAUGGGCCUAUGCGUUAAGUUAAACCUAGGUAUGUUAGCCACUGAUGUAAGAUAGUCUGCCACCGCAUCUCCAUCUUUUGUAAAUGAUCAUCUUCCACCCUUUCCGAGUUCCAUGUUUUGUAGUAGCGUCAGCUUCCGUUUGUCUGAGUUCUGGUAUCUGUAUCGUUAUGUUGGUUGCUGACUACAUUCUGUUAGAUGAUCCGGAACUCUUUGACAUUUCUGGGAAAGAUGCUUCAGUACUUGCCGUUUGUUUGUCA